AUGACGUCGGAAAUAUUCCGGCGUGCUUUGAGCUGGAAAAUAAGUCACAAAUUUUCCGUCGCACGCAUUGCGCCGUUACAUGCGUCUUCAAUACUGAUGCAUAAGUAUCCGCCGAAAAGUCCGACGUGUCGCAAUGUAAUAAUUGAGAAGAACAUCACAAAAGAUGGAGUCACAGUUGCAAAAAGUAUUGAGUUUAAAGAGAGAGCAAAAAAUGUGGGGGCAAACCUUAUAAAGCAGGUUGCUAAUGCCACAAACAAAGCUGCAGGAGACGGUACCACUUGUGCAACUGUCCUCACUCAGGCAAUACUUGCUGAAGGGUGUAAAUCUGUUGCAGCAGGAGUUAAUGUCAUGGAUUUGCGAAAUGGUAUAAAUAUGGCUGUGGAUUCUGUCCUAGCUCAUCUAAAAUGCAGAGCAUGGAUGAUUAGUACUUCAGAAGAGAUUCACAGGUUGAGAGUAGCAACCAUCUCUGCAAAUAAUGAUAGAGAAAUUGGGGAGUUGAUAGCAAGAGCAAUGGAGAAAGUUGGCAAAGAUGGAGUUAUUACUAUUUUAGAAGGAAAAACACUGCACAAUGAACUUGAAGUGGUUGAGGGAAUGAAAUUAGUGAGAGGCUAUGUAUCUCCCUAUUUUGUUACUGAUGAGAGAUCUAAAAAAUGUGAAUUAGAAAAUCCCCUAAUUCUAAUUCAUGACAAGAAGAUUUUAGACAUUCUUAGUUUAGUGAAAUACUUGGAGGGUGCCUCCAAGAAAAGGAGAGCUUUGUUAAUUAUUGAUGAAUAUCUAGAAGGUGAUGAUUUGACAAUGCUUGUACUAAAUAAACAUCAUACGGGGAUGAAGAUUUGUGCCAUUAAAGCUCCUGGUUUUGGUGAAAACAGAAGAGCUAAUCUAGAGGAUCUUGCUAUUCUUACAGGUGUCCAGGUUAUCACUGAGGAUCAUGAUCUCACUUUGUCAAAUGCACAAUUAGAAAUGCUUGGGACUGCUAAGAAGGUUACUGUCUCACUUGAUGAUACCGUUAUUCUGCAUGGUAGUGGUGACAAAAAGCUAAUUGAAGAUAGAUGUGAAUAG